AUGAGUCAAGACCGUCAGAGAAAAAUCGAGAAAGAAAAAGAGGAAGAGAAUAACGUCUUGAAGAAGUCACAGGUAGAUUUUAUUCUACUUUGGAAACUUUCACUUUUGCAUCUAUCUAUCUAUCUAUCUAUCUAUCUAUCUAUCUAUCUAUCUAUCUAUCUAUCACAGUCUAUUAACAUCUAUCUCAGUUUAUUCAUAUCUAUCUAUCUAUCUAUCUAUCUAUCUAAAUUUUAUUCUACUUUGGAAACUUUCACUUUUGCAUCUAUCUAUCUAUCUAUCUAUCUAUCUAUCUAUCUAUCUAUCUAUCACAGUCUAUUAACAUCUAUCUCAGUUUAUUCAUAUCUAUCUAUCUAUCUAUCUAUCUAUCUAUCUACCUAUCUAAGUUUGUUCAUAUCUAUCACUGUCUCUAUGCUUCAUUUCAUUUCAUAUCUAUCUAUCUAUUUCAAUCUGUUCAUUAUCUAUCUAUCUAUCUAUGUCUGUUCGUAUCUAUCUAUCUAUCUAUCUAUCUAUCUAUCUAUCUAUCUAUCUAUCUCAGUCUGUUCAUAUCUAUCUAUCUAUCUAUCUAUCUAUCUAUCUAUCUAUCUAUCUAUGUCUGUUCGUCUAUCUAUCUAUCUAUCUAUCUAUCUAUCUAAGUUUGUUCAUAUCUAUCACUGUCUCUAUGCUUCAUUUCAUUUCAUAUCUAUCUAUCUAUCUAUCUAUCUAUCUAAUUUGUUUAUAUCUAUCUAUCACUGUGUCUCUGCCUCAUUACAUUCAUAUCUAUCUAUCUAUAUAAUUUUUUUCAUAUCUAUCAUUGUCUCUCUGCUUCAUUUCAUAUCUAGCUAUCUAGUUUUUUCUAUCUAUCUAUCUAUCUAUCUAUCUAUCUAUCUAUCUAUCUAUCUAUCAAAUUUGAUGAACUUCUCCUUAUAUCUAUUCGAAAUAUUUUCUUUAUAUAAAAAAUCAUUCUUUCUUUAUUCCAUUCUUUCUUUUUUUUUACUAAAAUUUUUUUCCUUUGCACAAAAUGAUUAUAUCUUUUAUUUCUUUCUUUCUUUUUUCUUUCUUUCUUUCUUUUUUCUUUCUUUCUUUCUUUCUUUUUUUUCAUAUUUCAUCUCUUAA